CCCACUCCCCAAAUCCAAAAGAACUCAAAAUCUUCACCCAAAAUGUCUCUCUUCCUAUCCAUUUUCCUUGGGUUACUUCUUGGGUAUUCUAGAAUUACCAGUUCAGAGUCUAUUGCCAAUGACCCUGCUUGUCCAAUGAGCUUUAACGUUCUUCAGAUGAUGUUGAAGAGCUCAUACACGAGCCAGUUCAUUGAUGUUCCAACUGAGUGUCAUUACAUUCUUGAAGGUUUUCGCUUAGUUCGAUCAGAGUAUCUUCGAACCACUGGCAACUUCAGUCCCCCUCCUGACACGUCCGAGGCCUGUUUUAAUUCAAUUCAGCUCUUAGUAACUGAAGCUCUGGGACGAUUCGAUCUUCGUUCCAAUUGUUGGGCUCAGACCAGUUGGAUAACAAACAUUUGUUCCAAUAUUACAACCCGGUCAGAUUUCGAAGCCUUGAUUCCUCAACCUGAAUUACAGAAAGUAAACAGCUCUUGUAAUCAGCCACUGGGGGACAGUUCUUCAUGUGAAUCAUGUACUGCUAGCCUGUCGAGUAUCCAAGACGCUUAUUUUGGUGACUCAACAAAUGGGAACCUCUCAGAUUGUGGUGGGUAUCCACGUAUGUAUGCUGCUGCUUUUGCUAAUGAUUUUGGGCCUACUGAUCCGGCAACUGCCAAGUGUUUGUUCUCGAUUUUACUCAACCCACCCACUUCGCCGAUUCCAGGCACCAAAAAACGCAAGAUUAUGCUUCUUGGGGUUGUUUUUGGUUGUGUUGCUGGCUUCUUUGGAUCUUUUUUUUUGGUUUGGCUUCUUUUGCGGUUGCUCAAGCAUUCGAGGAAGAAAAUACAAAAUUUUGCUGAAGUUGCAAGAUGCUCGGGUUUGGGAUUUGGGUUGUUGGGUGGAAGUACAACCUUGGUGAAGUUUACUAUUGAAGAUAUGAAAGAGGCGACUAAGAAUUUCGAUAGGAUGAAUUUAAUUGGAAGAGGAGGAUAUGGGAAUGUUUACAGAGGCAUAUUAGCAAAUGGGUCUGAAGUUGCAUUGAAAAGGUUCAAGAAUUGUUCUGCUUUUGGGGAUGAAAAUUUCACACACGAAGUCCAUGUCAUUGCAAGCGUUAAACAUGUAAACCUUGUCACCUUGAGGGGCUAUUGCACUGCUACGGAUUCUCUGGGACCCCACCAGAGAAUAAUUGUGUGCGAUUUGAUGCACAAUGGAAGUGUGUAUGACCAUCUUUUUGGAUCGGGGGCAACAAAGCUUAGUUGGCCAAUUCGUAGAAAGAUUGCUCUUGGAACAGCACGCGGGUUGGCUUAUUUACACAAUGGGGCACAACCUGCCAUCAUUCAUAGAGAUGUGAAAGCUAGUAAUAUACUUUUGGAUGAGGCAUUUGAACCAAAACUUGCUGAUUUUGGAUUGGCAAAGUUUACCCCAGACGGGUUAUCACAUUUGAGUACUAGGGUGGCAGGGACUCUCGGUUAUGUAGCACCUGAGUAUGCUUUGUAUGGGCAAUUAACCGAUAGAAGUGAUGUAUACAGCUUUGGGGUAGUUCUGCUCGAACUUCUAAGUGGGAAACAAGCGGUUGUGUCAGUUGAAAAUGGGCAACCUCUUCUUUUGACAGAUUGGGCUUGGUCACAAGUGAGGAUAGGGAAACCGCUCAAUGUUAUUGAAGAAGGGAUGCUUGACAUGGCAUUGCCAGAAGUAAUGGAAAAAUAUGUUCUGCUUGCUAUUGUUUCUGCUCAUCCACUGCUCCAUGCCAGACCAACUAUGGAACAGAUUGUAAAGAUAAUGGAAACUCGUGAUCUUGGAGUUGUACCGUCAAUUCCAGAAUACCCAGUUUCUAUUCUAGCAGGCAUAGAUGAUAUCAAGGAAUCAGAGACCUCCAAUGUCUCUGAUUUUAGCUCAACUGAUCAACAAUCCUCUGACACUAGUCAUUCAAAAUUGGACCAUUCAAAAUUGGACCACAAGGAAGAAGAUGACACUUCUCUAGAACAUGCAGUGUGAGCCAUCUAAUUUGGAGGGAUUGCUUCAGCCUCUGUUACAUUCAUUUAUUGUGAUCGAUUGAGUGCAUAUUUCCGUUGUAUAGAUAAGAAGAAUG